AUGCAAGAAAUUUAUGCGUGACUUUGCCCGAGUCUUCGAGAUUCAGAAAAUGAUCGUUGAUGAACACAGGGCAAGUUUUGACGAAAGGGAUAUAAGGGAUUUCAUAGAUUGUUUUCUAUUAGAACAGAUGAAACGAAACAAGGCAGGAGAAAACCACACUUUCACAGGUAACCCAAUGUUAGCAGAUUUAGAUUUUAAUACAUCAAAUAGAUGUCUCCUAGCACUGACAGACAGGUAAUAAACCUGACUACAGUUUUACUCACAGGCACUUGACGUUUUAAAUAUCUAUAAUAAAAAAAAAUUUUCUUCCUGUAAACAUAAUAUUGACAAGGUAUACCACGCCGCCAUCUUGGGUUUCGUUUUUACCAGCUGCAUCGCUUGAAAAUUUCGGCGAAAAGUUCGAUAUAAUACAAUAAUUAGAACCCUACCAUCUAGCAACAACUCUGUCAAUAUAUUAUCUCUCGCAUCGUUAUGGAAAACUCGAAAUAAUGUCCAUUAAUCAGAUUUAAUCAAGCAUCAACUAUCGUCUACUGCUUCUCAAAAUGCGAUAACUCCUGAUCUAGGGACGGAAGUUGACAUCAUUAUGCAAAUGGAAAUUCCCUUUCUGGUCUAGUCUCUCUGACGCUUGUGCGGGAAAAGAAAAACAAAAAUGGCGCUAAAUGCAGGGCAGUUUGCAGCUCUGCAAAUGAUAAAGGAUGGGCAUAAUUGUGUGGUUCUAGGACAGGCUGGCACGGGGAAGUCCUUUUUAAUAAGAUAUAUUCUUCGAAGCCAGCCUACUAAGAACAUUGCCGUGACCGCCAGUACUGGAAUAGCUGCACGUACAUUAGGGGAGGCGACAACUGUUCACCAUUGGGCCUAGAUAGAAUGUUCUAUCGCUAAAAUGAUAAUGUCCUACGGACCCGAUUUAACCCGAUGUGGUGAGGGCCUGUCCCGAGACACAGUUAGAUUAUUCUAACUACAUUGGGCCGGACUCGGUGACGGCAGGUAUGGAUAUCAACAUCUUCUACAGAUCCUUUCGGAGGAGACAAUAUAUAGGAUUAAAACCUGCCAAAUGCUCAUAAUUGAUGAGAUAAGCAUGAUCAGCAAAAAGGUCUUUGAACAGCUGGAGUUUGUAUGUCGAAUGGUGCGUGAUCCCAGCCUCUACUUUGGUGGAUUGCAGGUUGUAUGUUUUGGAGACUUUUUCCAACUACCCCCCGUCCCAAAUGAUCUGUACAGGGAUGCUGGGCAACAUGCAUUCAUGUCUGCUGUAUGGGAAAAGACCAUUCCACACAUCCUGUAUUUAAAAACAGUGAUUCGACAAAAAGAAAGUUCCUUGAUUAAUGCCAUAAAUGAGCUAGCAAGAGGUUUAUAACUUUUUCUUUGUGAAUUAUAGUAAAUGCAAAGUUGUACAUGUAAGACAUAUUUAACUACAGGGUACUUGCUUGUAAGCUUUGUUUUGUAUGUAGUAUACCCUUACAUGGGUUAAAUUUAAGAAUUUACUGACAGUUUUAAAUUUGUAACAAUUUUAUUGUUAUAUACAUGUAUGUAAAAGGCAAUUGAUUUCUAAAAAUAUUCACUAGUGAAAUGAAUUUGCAGUAAGCUUGAGUAUCUUAAGUUACCUCACAAUGUGAUACAAAGUACGUGUAUAUCAUGAUCUGGUUUUGCGAUAUGACAUGAUACAGUAGUCAAUAAUACUGUUAACUCUAAUUAUUACAUUUUUGGGUCAUUUUAAUGUUGUUGUUGCA